AUGGUUUUAGAAUAUCAUUACUUAACUCAGAAGGAGGCCCAGGAAUUAGAUAACGAGCUAAUGAGUGAUACUAUUGGGUACAAACUUGAACAGCUAAUGGAAAUUGCUGGAUUAAGCUGUGCGAUUUGUAUCCGCCACUGCUAUCUCCAUCUAUUUUGUCAGUAUUCGGACGGUUAUUCAAGCCAGUUUUCUUCUUCACAAACAACACCAUCGCAAAUUAUGGUCAUUUGUGGUCCAGGUAAUAAUGGUGGAGAUGGACUAGUAAUAGCACGUUACCUUAAGUUAUUUGGUGGUAAUCCAAUAGUAGUAUAUCCAAGAAAAGGGAGCCACCCAUUUUAUGACGAUUUGGUCACUUUACUGAAAUCUUUAUCAAUCCCAAUUAUUCCUACAAUAGAUGAAAUAGGUCCUACACCUGCAUUAAUUAUCGAUUCGGUUUUUGGAUUCAGCUUUUCUGGAGAUUAUAUAAGGCCACCAUUUAAUUCAAUUAUUGAUUAUAUGAAGAAGUGCUCAAAUAUUUCAGCAAUUCCAAUUGUAUCUAUUGAUAUACCUUCCGGUUGGAAUGUAGACAACAGAUACAACGAAAACGAUACACUUUUAUACCCAGAUAUUAUCAUUUCGCUAACUGCUCCAAAAGUAUGUACCUUGUCAUUUAAAGGAAAACAUUAUAUUGCAGGAAGAUUCGUUCCACCAUUCCUUGCAACAAAGUACAACAUUGAUUACAUAAAUAAAAUAUACCUUAAUAACAACAAUGAAUUAUUUACGUUACUAUAA